AUGUUCUUGCUUUUUUUGAAGGACACAUUUGAUUGCUCAGAAUAUGGAAAUGGAUCUUGUCCUGAAAAUCAAAGGCUACUGGAUGUUCGAGCUGCAGUGUAUUCCUUUAUGUCAAGCUCUAUAUUCGUCAUGGUGUUUGGCAGUCUUGCCAUAAUAAUUUCCAUUGCUUACUUCAAAUAGCUAACACCAACCAACUUCCUCAUCCUCUCCAUGGUAGUCACUGAUUUUCUCCUGCGAUUCACCAUUAUGCCUUACAGCAUGAUCAGAUCAAUGGAGAAUUGCUGGUAUUUUUGGCUUACAUUUUGCAAGAUUCAUUAUAGUUUUGAUCUCGGGCUUAGCAUAACAUCUAUCUUCCACCUUGGGUCUGUGGCCAUUGAUAGAUUUUAUGCUAUUUGCUACCCUUUACGCUACUCCACAAAAAAGAUGAUUCCAGUCAUUAAAAGAUUGUCACAUCUCUGUUGGUCUGUCCCUGGAAUAUUUGCAUUUGGGGUGGUCUUCUCAGAGGCCUACGCUGCGGGAAUAGAAGGCUAUAGCCUAUUGGUUGCUUGUUCCAGCUCUUGCCCAGUGAUGUUCAACAAAGUCUGGAGAACCACCUUGUAGGAGGGUUUCUUCAUGCCUGGAUCUGGGAUGGUGAGGAUUUAUGACAAAAUAUUCUCAGUACAUGCCCAUGCAAUCAAUAACCUGCCAGAAAAUCAAAAUAAUCAAAUGAGGAGAGACAAAAGAGCUGCCAAAACAUUAGGAAUAGUGAUGGGUGUUUUCUUAGGUUGGUUUCCCUGUUUCUUCACCAUAUUGUUGGAUCCCUUUUUGAACUUUUCUACUCCUGUACUUUUGUUUGAUGCUUUGACAUGGUUUGGCUAUUUUAAUUCCACACGUAAUCCUUUAAUCCACGGUUUCUUCUCUCCCUGGUUUCACAGAGCCCUUAAGUAAAUUUUUCUAGGCAAGAUUUUCAGUGACAUUUCCGUAAUACUAUUUUGUUUACUUGAAAAAGAAACUGAGUAG